GCCUCUGUUAGAUCAUUGGCAUAUGGGGCUGUUGGAUUCAUUGGUGGGAAACGAAGUUAAGAAGUUUGUGAAACGAAAAGACAGUGAUGCAGGAGAAGCAGGUCGAGCACUGGAAGAACUCAGAGGUUCUAUCUACAAUGAAAUUCGAACGUCAGAAGGCGCCAAGCGCCAACAGCAACGGUUUUGUGGGCCAGUCGUGGCUAUGACCUUCAAUUUCAUUGUCUCUGUGGGGAUUAUCCUGGCAAACAAACUAGUAAUGGGGAGAGUUGGAUUUAAGUUCCCAAUCUUUCUCACAUUGAUCCAUUAUGUGACAUCAUGGUUGCUUCUUGCCAUUUUCAAGACACUUUCAAUUCUUCCAGUUGCUCCUCCGUCUAAAACUACUCCUUUCUCUUCUAUCUUCUCCUUAGGUGCUGUCAUGGCUUUUGCCUCAGGUCUUGCCAAUAUAAGCCUAAAGCAUAACAGUGUUGGCUUCUACCAGAUGGCUAAAAUUGCUGUCACUCCUACCAUUGUUUCUGCUGAGUUCAUUCUCUUCAGGAAAACCAUUUCUUUUAACAAGGUGAGUUUUGGCUUUGUCUCAGCAGGUGUGGCAAUAGCAACCGUAACAGACGUGGAGUUCAAUGUGUUCGGUGCUUUAAUUGCAAUUGCAUGGAUAGUCCCAAGUGCCAUAAACAAAAUCUUAUGGUCUAAUCUGCAACAGCAAGCCAAUUGGACGGCGCUCGCGCUGAUGUGGAAGACAACCCCAGUCACAAUAUUCUUCCUACUAGCUCUGAUGCCAUGGUUGGAUCCACCAGGAGUUUUACUUUUCCAAUGGGAUUUCAACAACACAACAGCCAUUCUUAUAUCAGCACUCCUUGGUUUUCUCCUCCAAUGGUCUGGAGCUUUGGCACUUGGGGCAACCUCAGCGACUUCACAUGUUGUUCUUGGACAGUUCAAGACUUGUGUGAUACUACUAGGGGGCUAUCUUAUAUUUAAUUCGGAUCCUGGUUUUGUGAGCAUUUGCGGGGCUCUUGCAGCCCUCUGUGGAAUGUCUGUUUACACAUCACUAAACCUGCAAAAGUCGCAAGACAAUGUGAGCAUGCAGCUCCCAAAGCAAAGCUUACCGACAUUAAAACCAAAAGCCACCGACGAAGAAAGUGUAGAGUCAGAUGUAGAGGAUACCACCAACCCCACAACUGCUGUGUGAACCAAGCAGGCUUACAAACCAUUUUUGUGUGUUUGAGAUGUAGAGAAGAUACAGCAACUACUGUUGUCUAAACUCUAAACCAAGCAGGCUUACAAACCAUUUUUACUCAUGCAGUUGUCAAAUGAAACAAAAUAGAAAAGGAAAUUCUCUUACACCAA